AGAAAUUGUUACCACGACAGAUGGUAGAUUGAAUAUAAAGGUAAUGUGAAAUAUUUGUUAGAAGCACAAAAGGUUCGUGAAGUGCACGAGCUUAAACGCUGCUCCUUUCAUGGUCUGUUGUUUAUCCGCAAAAUGAGGGUGUUUCCAGGAACUCACUUAUUGGCGGUACUUUUCGUUGUAUGCAAAAUUGCCUUGAUGGUUGAAGGUAAGAGGAACUGCUUUUAAGGUUAUUAGAUUCUCUCAAUUAUUUUCUAGCGGGAUGAACGAUCGACGGAUUGGAUCGAAAGUGAAGAUCAGAUUGACAUGCAAGCGCUGAAUGCAAAAUGCAAAAUUGCCUUGAUGGUUGAAGGUAAGAGGAACUUCUUUUAAGGUUAUUAGAUUCUCUCAAUUAUUUUCUAGCGGGAUGAGCGAUCGACGGAUUGGAUCGAAAGUGAAGAUCAGAUUGACAUGCAAGCGCUGAAUGCAAAAUGCAAAAUUGCCUUGAUGGUUGAAGGUAAGAGGAACUUCUUUUAAGGUUAUUAGAUUCUCUCAAUUAUUUUCUAGCGGGAUGAGCGAUCGACGGAUUGGAUCGAAAGUGAAGAUCAGAUUGACAUGCAAGCGCUGAGAAUUAGAUGAGAUUUGCAUUUGCGAAGAGAUUUCCGCCAUUCACCAAAUUCACUUUAAAUUAUAUUGUUUCAUUUAUUAUUUAGGACAAACUCUGGUCCAAGACGGAAAGAUCAAUUUCACUGCGUCAUAUCCUGACUUGCUUUACUGCACAAACGUACAGUUCCCUCGUGCAUUCUCCAGCUCGAGAAAUGUAAGGGUGAUAGCGUCCAUCGGGUAUGAGUCCAAUACUCGCAGCGUACACGACUCGGCUGUUGUGUGGACGUCAGACGUAACACAGAGUAGUUUUCGCGUAUGUGCAUUGGAGUCGGGACUUGGCACAAAUGGAUCCGCCGUCGUGAACUGGAUUGCAUUUCGAAGUGCCCCCUCUGGAAUGUUGGAUGGCACCGCCUCCUUCAGCGCAUUUACCAGUGGAACAAAAUGUGAGAGAGUUACCUUUGUUCAGGUACGCGCGUGACCUAUUUAGCUUUUAUGAUAUAUACAAAAACUGGAUCGCAAUUUUCCCUUUAGUCUUCUUCGCAACAACAAAAACAAGAGCAGAACCACCAAAACUACAAAUAUUUCUUCGUGUAACGUGUAGUCAACUGCUUCAUGAAUUGUAUCUCGUUUGUAAUCAAUUAUACUAUUGUCACGGUUCAAAUGUUUUAAAAGAGAGUUUCUUAGAAAAGAGUAUCAUUACUUGAAACAAAGAGGAGAUUAGCGGAAAAUAAGCGGAACAUAGACGUAUCAAACUGAUAUGAAACUGAAGGGAGAGGCGUAACCUGGUUUUAAAAGUAAGUGGUCUGGUAUCUGUUACUGUCUUCAUUAUACUCGCGGAACUUUAAUGUAAAUCCGUGUCAUUUAAUUUCAUAAGUUUGUUUUCUUAGCACUCAAAGGUUUGCAACAAGUUGAGAGUGCUUAACUUAAUAGAUUGCUGACAGUUCGUAAGGUCAAAUCUAAACGUGAUUUGUAUCAUGCAAGUCCGAGUUCAAGACAACUUUUUCUCCUCUAUCCUCUUUGCAGCGAUUUGCAUCUAUCCCAAAAGUGCUGGCUACAGUACGUCAUUCUGUCAGCAACAAGUCACAGGACGCUAUGAAUGUCUGGGUUGAAGAACUCAAGGCGGAUUAUUUCAGAGUGUGCCUUAGGGAAGUGAAAACUUUCGAUGGAAAGCACCAGAAUUUAAAAGUGGCAAGUUUGACUAGAAUGGUUCUAGUUCAUAGAAACAUAUGUAGAAAUACUUUGGUUUUGUUCAUUGCAUGGUUUUCUCUCGACAAAUUCUGAAGUAAAAGGAUUCAGGAAUUUUUAGCCGGAUUGAGAGAUAAGUGUGUCAGGGUCUUCAAACUUCUGUUACUCUGAAUAAGAGCACUUUUCACUUUUGACCGGUUGUUUUCAGCCGAAUUGUUUUUAAAAAAAAAUGCUAUUCAAUCGUUAGGAUUGGCUGGCAUUUACACAAGGAGGUGUUCAACUUACAUUUCAAGGAAAAUUGUUGCUUGAAAAUGGCGGAGCUCCUCGGGAACAAGACAAUUUCGCCUUUUGUAAGGUAAGUCGAAGGCUCGAUUUCCUUUAGAGUAACACAAGAACACCAACUAAGUGACCCAGAGAAAGCAAUUUAAACUAUGUAACAUCAGUUUUUGAUAUUCGCUCUGAUCUGUAAUACUCAAUUCUAUUGAUGUCAACUUUUAACUUUACAGGUACACAACUUUACCGAAGAAUUCUAUUCACCCCCUGUAGUCAUAGUAACUGUAAAUCAUCUCUACGAUAGCAAGAAUGUAUAUUCCAUCAAGCCAGAGAACAAUGUUCUUAAUACUUGGAUUGAGGUAAAUUAAGUGUUAUAACCUAUGCCUCUAUGAAUGGAACUUCUUUUUGGAUCAUUAAGACCUCUUUUCACUGCAGAAAUCUUUGACACUCAAAGUUUGAACCUCGGACCUUACCUGAGAUACACACCUGAAACGGUCCACUAUUUAAAUGCUAAAAAAUCACAAUAUAUCAAGUGCUUAUCAUUGGCGCCUCGUUUAACAAAGAACCUAAUGUUUUCUAUUGACUCAACCAAACUUUGUUUACUUCAAUUUCUGAUAUCUUCCGCUGUCACAAUUUAAUUAAUCUGAUUGCUGUUUCUUUACAACAGGAAAUAACGAUCUCAUCGUUCCGUGUGUGUGUAAAAGACUUGGCAGGAAUGGAAAGUCAACACGAUCCUGCUACCGUUGAUUACGCCGUUAUUGGAGGUAAAGAUAAGUCAUUCAGGCAAUGCUAAGGUGUUACCAACAGCAUUGACAUUUAUUUUACUUUAAUAACUUGUGCGUAGGUAGGAGAGAAAAGCCGAUAAAUAUUUCGACUAAGCGGUUUCUUUUUUUAAUGUUUUAAGAGGAACUAUAACUGCCUAUUUUUAAUUUAACACAAUGAAUAGUCAUAACACUUAACGUGGGGUACUUACAAUACAGCUUGUUCUCCGCUUACCACCGCUCACCAGACUUUGCUACUUGCGAAAUUCCAUUUUAACCCCGUGCGCUUCUUUUAGUUAUGGUACAAUGCUUAACACGACUAAAAGAACAGUGCUUAGUCAAAUAAAGGAAGUAACAACUGAACGAACUCAGAUUUUUCUACUUUUACAAAAUCAGUAGUUCUUUACGUCGUCUUAGGUGAGCAUUGAUGUCAGUUCUUGCAGGUAAUUUUCAAAAUGUACACCAACGAAAAGAAAAGGCCUGCAUUAUGUCAAGUGUUUGCAAGAACAACACAGCUGUGGGAUCCGCUUACCUGGGGCCUCUAGUACUCAUAAAGUUCAAAUCUUGUUGAUGUUUGUAUUUUGUAGAUUUUGAUCCUUGCAUCAAUGUUUCCUGUAAUUAUUUUGCUGUCUGCAAGGCAUUUGGACCCAAAGACGCCAGGUGCAUAUGCGUGGAUAAUUGUCCAUCGUACGACGAACCUGUGUGUUCAUCCAACGGAACCACCUACGACAACGAGUGUAUGUUUCAAAGAGAAAUGUGCCACUUGAAGGCUAAUUUUACCCUUUAUCACCCGGGUGAUUGUACAGGUAAUUCGGGUUGAAGCGAAGACAAAGUGUCCAUUUGAAAGCAGAUUUUAAAGCGACAAAACUGAGAGAAACAUCAGAGCCCAUACUAAUAGCAAAAGUAAAAAAAAUUGACAGUAGUUAAUAAAACUGAAGGUUUCAAAACAGUUAACAAAUAUUUUGGUAGUCAAAUAUCGUAGGCAAAAACGUUCUAAAGAUUCUGUCCUCAAGCUAACCAACUUUUUAUUCUCUUGGCCCGUUUUUUAUGUCCUUGAAUACGGCAAGAUGUUGAAAAUUAUCGUAAUUUCUUUCCCGGCCACAGGAUUCCCUUCACAGAAAGGUCGUCAUCGUCUUCAUCACCACCCAAAUUGGGCUGAGGCAGUUUGUGAACAGGUUCCACUGGUUCCUUAUGUCUUCUAUCCUGACAAACCUGUUCACGUACAAGUAUCUGUUAAUCACGUCAACUUCUCGGAUCCCUCCUAUGUCCACGAGGCUGCUGUGGCCUGGGUCGAGGAUUUAAGGGAAAACAAUUUUACAAUUUGUGUCACUCAAGCUGGGAGGAAUGAGAAGAAAAAUGGAAAAACAUUCGCUAUGGUUGAUUGGUUAGCAUAUCAGGGGGCCCCUGACGGGGGAGUGUCAGGUGAAAUGGACAUGCCGACAUGGUGGACUGGAACGAGCUGUCGCACAGUUUCGUUGCCUCCGGUUCGUUGGCUACUUCUUGCAAUAAUGUGUUUUCUCUCAACUGUCUAUUGUCGCCUUUUCCUUGACCAUUCAGAAUCGCAUUGUUAACAACGAUCUAGUUGUAGAAUCUGAGACUGUAUCCCAAAAUAAUAUUAACUGGCCUACAUUCUGUCAAAUUUGAAACUAACUUCUGAAUUAAAUGCUCUAUCCGGAACCCGUAGUGAUGUGCGCUGAUAAAAUACGAAAGAAAAACAAACAAUCAGACAAAUUUGUGUUGAGAAGAUGUCACAUAAAAAAGCAAUCUGUCAGUUACUACGACUAAAUGAGCAUAUGUGUGGGCGUCUGCCCUGUAGAAUUGAAUGUCGAUCAAAUAUGAUGCACAAAUAGCAAGACAUUGCCUUAAAACAUAAAGUUUUAGUUGGUAAAAUUUAUAAUCACCGCGAGACAACUAAAAGAGCCAAAGAAAUUCUUAGCCUUAGGGCCGUUGGUUCCUUUGUAUGUACCUUUAUACGUGUUAAUCCUGAAUCAAUGUUUCUGCAGAAAAAGUUUCAGUCAGUUCCCACCGUCUUUGUGUCGGCUCAGCAUGAAAGGCGGGGAGUGAAGCAUGAUGCGUCUUCUGUUUGGGUGGAAGAUUUGACGACAACUUCCUUUAAGAUCUGUGUCAGGGAGUUACAGAACUUUGAUGGAGCUCACCAAAGCAUUCAUGUAGUAAGCAGUUUUAAGCUUUUCACAAAGUUGCAAAAUCUUUCAUAAUUUUAAGAAAGCCUUUUUUUCAGCUAUUUUCCUCUUUGAAGUUUGUUGAAAAUUUCUUUAAUCACGAUGGCGAGCUCAUUUUCUGCUUUUUUUCUCUUCAUUGUAUUUAUUCCUAAAUCAAAGAUGAAUUUGUUUAUUUUUCAUCCUAUCUUGCCUUUGUUUUUGUAAAAGGACUGGAUGGCAUUUGAAGAGCUUCAUCAGCCCUUGUUUAUGGAGCAUGGCUCAUUGUACUUUGCAAACGGGAAAAAACCAUCCAAAGAAUUUAACUAUGCUUUUUGUGAGGUAUGUUUGGUUCAUAUGACGUGUAUUGACACUUUUUCAAUUGUACUCUCUCAACAGUAUAAUGCACUCACACACGAUUUACACAUCCACCCGCACAAUUGUGAACUCACCUAGCUUGCUGAAUCAUUCACUCGAUCACUCAAUCACUCGCGCGUUCACUUGAACUCAGUCACUCAGUCACUCAGUCUCUCAGUCGCUCAGUCACUCAGUCGCUCAGUCGCUCAGUCGCUCAGUCGCUCAGUCGCUCAGUCGCUCAGUCGCUCAGUCGCUCAGUCGCUCAGUCACUCGGUCGCUCAGUCACUAAGUCACUCAUUCACUCAGUCGCUUAGUCACUCGGUCGCUCGGUGCUCGGUCGCUCGGUCGCUCAGUCGCUCAGUCACUCAGUCACUCAGUCACUCAGUCACUCAGUCACUCAUUCACUCAGUCGCUCAGUCGCUCAGUCGCUCAGUCGCUCAGUCGCUCGGUCGCUCAGUCGCUCAGUCGCUCAGUCACUCAUUCACUCAGACGCUCAGUCACUCGGUCACUCAGUCGCCCAGUCACUCAGUCACCCAGUCACUCAGUCACUUAGUCUCUUAGUCACUCGUCACUCAGUCACUCAGUCACUCAGUCACUCAGUCACUCAGUCACUCAGUCACUCAGUCACUCAGUCGCUCAGUCGCUCAGUCACUCAUUCACUCAGUCGCUCAGUCACUAAGUCACUCAUUCACUCAGUCGCUUAGUCACUCGGUCGCUCGGUCGCUCGGUCGCUCAGUCGCUCAGUCACUCAGUCACUCAUUCACUCAGUCGCUCAGUCGCUCAGUCGCUCAGUCGCUCAGUCGCUCAGUCGCUCAGUCGCUCAGUCGCUCAGUCACUCAGUCGCUCGGUCGCUCAGUCGCUCAGUCGCUCAGUCACUCAUUCACUCAGACGCUCAGUCACUCGGUCACUCAGUCGCCCAGUCGCCCAGUCACUCAGUCACCCAGUCACUCAGUCACUUAGUCUCUCAGUCACUCAGUCACUCAGUCACUCAGUCACUCAGUCACUCAGUCACUCAGUCACUCAGUCACUCAGUCACUCAGUCACUCAGUCACUCAGUCACUCAGUCACUCAGUCACUCAGUCACUCAGUCACUCAGUCACUCAGUCACUCAGUCACUCAGUCACUCAGUCACUCAGUCUCUCAGUCACUCAGUCACUCAGUCACUCAGUCACUCAGUCACUCAGUCUCUCAGUUACUCAGUUACUCAGUUACUCAGUUACUCAGUCACUUAGUCUCUCAGUCACUCAGUCGCUCAGUCCCUCAGUCACUAGGUUGCUCAGUCCCUCAGUCACUCAGUCGCUUUGUCACUCAGUCACUCAAUCACAGUCACUCAAUCACACAGUCACACAGUCACUCAGUCGCUCAGUCCCUCAGUCUCUCAGUCGCUCAGUCGCUCAGUCGCUCAGUCGCUCAGUCGCUCAGUCGCUCAGUCGCUCAGUCGCUCAGUCGCUCAGUCGCUCAGUCGCUCAGUGAUACAGUCACUCGGUCAUUCAUUCACACAGUGACACAGUGGCACAGCCACUCAUUCCCUCAGUCCCUCAGUCCCACGGUCACUCAAUCCCUUAGUCACUCAGUCACUCAGUCACUCAGUCACUCAGUCACUCAGUCACUCAGUCACUCAGUCGCUCAGUCGCUCAGUCGCUCAGUCACUCAGUCACUCAGUCACUCAGUCGCUCAGCCACUCAGUCACUCAGUCACUCAGUCACUCAGUCACUCAGUCCCUCAGUUACUCAGUCACUUAGUAUCUCAGUCACUCAGUCGCUCAGUCCCUCAGUCACUAGGUUGCUCAGUCCCUCAGUCGCUUUGUCGCUCAGUCACUCAAUCACAGUCACUUAGUCUCUCAGUCACUCAGUCGCUCAGUCUCUCAGUCACUAGGUUGCUCAGUUCCUCAGUCACUCGGUCGCUUUGUCACUCAGACAGUCAAUCACAGUCACUCAAUCACACAGUCAUACAGUCCCUCAGUCUCUCUGUCACUCAGUCACUCAGUCGCUCAGUCACUCAGUCAUACAGUCACUCGGUCAUACAGUCACACAGUGACAGUCACACAGUCACACAGUCACUCAGUCACUCAGUCACUCAGUCCCUCAGUCCCUCAGUACCACGGUCACUCAGUCCCUUGGUCACUCAGUCACUCAGUCGCUCAGUCGCUCAGCCACUCAGUCACUUAGUCUCUCGGUCCAUCAGUCGCUCAGUCGCUCAGUCACUCAGUCGCUCAUUCACUCAGUCACUCAGUCACUCAGUCACUCAGUCACUCAGUCACUCAGUCAGUCGCUCAGUCGCUCAGUCACUCAGUCAUUCAGUCACUCAGUCACUUAGUCACUCCGUCACUCAGUCACUCAGUCACUCAGUCACUCAGUCACUCAGUCACUUAGUCACUCAGUCACUCAGUCAUUCGGGCACUCAGUCGCUGAGUCGCUAUUUUUAUUUGCCACUUACACACACACAUACAUAAAAAACACACCUACCAACCCACAUGGUAUCACUUAGGUUUUUUAUUUUCUCUGGAGUUCAUGAAAGCCAUCUACCCCAUAUACAGAAUAAAUGCCGCAGGAAAGACGUUAAAUUACAGUUUUCAUGUAAUUUCCUGCGAUUAUUCACAUCUUCUUCUAAAUUAAGAAAAUAAUCUUUCAUAAACAUAAAGGUAUUGUAGGGUGUAUUCUUAGCCAUUUUGUGUUAUAUAGAUUUUGUUAUAGUUUUCUUUUAUUUUAUCGUUUUGAUCAGGACGUAGCAUUUAAGAAGCCCUACAACGACUCUCCAGCUAUUCUGGUAUCUGCUAACCACUCAACAAAUGGAGGAAACCUUACUCCAUUGUAUAACUCCGUAUCAGCCUGGGUUGAGGCAAGUGAUGUCUGAUCUUUGCUCAAGUAGUGCUCAAAAUGAACAUAUCCUCACUGUUACGUGAGUGUAAAAGGAUAUAAAUUUUGGAAGUUGACUUUAUCAACUGUACUCUCUCAACAAUUCGCUUUUUUUUCUAUAUAACGUCUUGCUUUCUAUUGCUAUCUAACUGUGGUCUUCUCAGCCGUUGCAUUCCUCUUUGCCUUUUUAGUAUAUCAACAAGACUGGCUUCAGAGCAUGCGUGAAGGAGUUAUUUGUGAACCAGCAUGAUCCUCUAUCAGUUUCGUAUGCAGUUAUGCCAGGUUAGGUAUAUCACGUUUUAUACAAAGCAAGCUACAGAUUGCAUACAACAAAUCGUUUUGUGAUUAAUUUGAUUUAGACUUUGCCGAAACAUGAAUUGUUACUCAAAAGAAAGGAAGGUAUAAACUGAUGUAUGAAUAUAGUAUACCAAUAAAUGGACGUUUGAUGGCUUGUCUCAGAAUGUCACCAUCAAUAUGUUGAUGAAACGCCUACUAUCAAGAGUGAGAUCAUGUUGUAACGAACGAACAAACAAUUACCCUAUAAUUUCAUAACCACAAUGAACAACAAACACUCUUUCAUACGAUAAUAUUUUUGAACAAAGUUCAAGCUAACUAGUUGUUACAAUUUUCAAGUUCAAACGGAACUUUCGUUGUUUCUCUACCUAACUCAGAUGUGUGUGAGCCAGGUUGGAGUUUCUACAAUGGUUCAUGUUACUACACUAGUGAUACUUGUAAGACAUGGUCCAAAGCUAGUGCAAUCUGUAGAGGCAUGGGUGCUAACUUGCCCGCUAUCGAAAGUCAGGAGGAGAAUGUCUAUAUUCAACACAGACACAAUGGCGACAAGGCCUGGAUCGGUUUGAAUGACAUUGCUACAGAGGGAUUGUUCACUUGGGUGGAUGGGUGUCCAGAUAAGUUCCGUUACUGGGCGGAGAGUCAACCUAAUGACUUUCAGGGGGAGGACUGCGUACACACUCUUGGUCCUAGUCAUGGAUACAUGUGGAAUGACGUGGAGUGCUCGACUUGUCACCAAUAUACAUGUAAAAAAGGUUGGAAGAUAAGUUAUUACGUGCAUGUUUUAGCAGCACACUUCCCUAGCCUUGAGGCGAGGAAAUUAUUGACUCCCAUUUUAUUUUUCUGUUUGCCCUAUGCGACAAUAACCUCGAUGGUUUUCACAUUUUAAAAGGCCCAUUCUUCAAUGGAUCCAUACUACUCAAAUUUUUCAUUUGUUUCUUUGGAAAUGGUGUUUUAAACAGAACACCCAAUCAACUCUUUACAAUUUAUGAUUAUUUUUUGACGUUCGAGGUUAUCAUAGCGACAUUUAUAAUAAGCUUAAAACCGUUUAGUUUAGCUUCUCGUAAUUCUUAAUAAGUUCGGUGAUCGUCAUGAGUAACACUCUAAUGCUACUUUUUCUUUUCUCGUUGACAAAUGCCUUUGAAAUUAAUUUGAUAUUGGCAGAUUAUGAUGAAUGCAGCAGCACGCCAUGUUUGAAUGGUGGAACUUGCGUUAACAAGAAGAGAAAUUUUACCUGUAUCUGCCCUCGCACUCACAAAGGAAGAUCAUGUGAUGGUAAUAUGAGAAUAGAUGGAAAAAAAUGA